AGUUCAUCCUCCUUGAAUAAUAUAAUAAAAUUAGUGUUAUCCCUCAACAGGUGUUUAGGUAUUCUAGAGUACGAUUGUGCGAGAUAAAAACAGUCUAUGUUGUUGUGUCUUCCACGAGAAUAAUACGAUUUUAUAAUAUUUUGAUUUUCGCAUAUAACAUCGUCGAAAAUAAAAACAGAGUUGGGGAGCGCUUUUUCGGGAGGCGUAACACUAUCGUUUUCGUGAAAAGUAAAAAGCUUUAACCCUUUCAACCCUUGUAAGAUUUUUCUUAAAAUUAUGUAUUUUGACUGAUGUAGGGUUUUACUAUAGAUAUACACAUUCUCAAACUUGAUUCCAUUAAUAUCCGUUAACAGCGCGAAAAUAACAUUGGUCUUGCCACACCCCGAUGGUCCUACAAUCAACCCUCUCAAUGUGUUUGGAAAUAAAAAUCCGUGUCGUUUAAAUGUCGAGCCCACGGUUAUAUCUACAUUUUGAACCGAGAGUUUAUGUUUUUGCUCGAAAAUUCGCAUAUUAUUAAAAACAUAUAUAUAUAUUAUUGAGAAUCAUGAAAAACUAACGCACACGAUGAAAACCACUGGAGCAAUGAAGAACAAUAAAGGUCGCGGAUUGCUAAACUAUAUUAUAAAUAAGAUGCCUAUGGAAAUGCAUUUACCGUCUUAUCAGUUUUGCGGGCCAGGGACAAAAUUGAAAAAACGAUUGGCGCGCGGCGAUGCGGGUAUAAAUAGCCUAGACAGAGCGUGUAGAGUACACGACAUGGCCUACGAUGCCAGUAACGUAAAAUCGGAUCGUCACGCGGCAGAUUCUGUUUUAGAAAAGCAAGCUUGGGAUUCGUUCGCUUCUGAAAAUACGGGCUUAAAAGAAAAGGCGGCCGCGUUGGCCGUCGCUACGGGCAUGAAGUUGAAGAGAAAAUUGGGUAUGGGCUAUAAAAAAGUAAAGAAUAUCAAGAGAAAAACAAAAAAGACGCCGACAACAAAUACUAUGAUAGCCGCUAAAAAUAAAACAAACAAGAAUAAAAAACAUUUAAUGUCCAGAAUCAUACCAACGCCCAAGUAUGGAGGUGUUUUACCGCUGAUUACGCUAUUUUCGGCUCUGAGCGCACUAGGAGGUCUGGCAGGAGGAAUUUCGAAUGUAAUAAAGACGGCACACGAAUUAAAAACCAAUAAAAAGCAGGGUAAUGGAAUUAAACGAUAUCGAGUAGGACGAGGCAUGUAUUUAAAACCCUACAAAGGAGGAGGUAACAGUGGGGAGGGUAAAAAAAAAAAUCUUAUUAAAAAAAUAGAGUUACCCGAUAACGCCAUGUAUGAUUAUGAGGUUAUAAAGUAUGCAAAACUAUUAAAAAUACCUCACUUUAGGGGCUGUUAUUGUAGAGAUAAUUUGCCGAAACGAAGUAGGCACGCCGAGUCGAUGGUUGUAAAUUUAGAUAGUGUUAAUAACAGUGGUACGCAUUGGGUCUGUUUUAGUAAAAUCGGAAAAAAUGUAAAUUAUUUUGAUAGUUACGGAAAUUUAAAACCGCCCGUCGAAAUUAUAAACUAUCUAAAAGGGUGCAAUAUAUAUUACAAUUACGAUAAUUAUCAAAAUUAUAACUCGUCAAAUUGUGCUCAACUCUGUUUGAGAUUUCUCGCGUCGCCAUGACGUCUAUUUCACUG